AUGUGUCAAAGAAAUCAAUUCCUUCUUUCUGACGAUAUCCUUUUGCAACUAGUCGAGCCUUGUAUUUGUCUAUUGAAGAAAAUAACCGGGCUACAGAAAAGAAGAAUAAUGUCCGCAACAUGGAAGCAAAGGCUAACAUGGUGGAAGACUCGGGGUCUAAGAACAAAAAAGAAAGCUUCUGGCUCAUCUAUGGACAAAGAAAAAGUCAACAAUGCAAAACGGUUCAAAGGCAACUGUUAUAUUUGCGGAAAGUCGGGACAUCGGGUUAAAGACUGUCGAAGCAAAAAGAAGGAUACACAGAAAAAGAAACCGCCCCAAGCCAAUAUGACCGAAGUGGAUAAAAUUUCUACGGAUGUUGGAGACAUCAACCUAUCUGCUGUUGUUUCUGAAGUUAAUUUGGUAUCUAAUGCCAAGGAUUGGUGGUUGGACCCAGGAGCCACUCGUCACAUCUGUGCAGAUAAGGGUCUAUUCGCUGAAUAUAAGAUCUUGAAUCAUAAUGAGUGUCUUUAA